AUUCAUUCAUUCGUUUUGGGAAGCUCCGUGUGCUCGGUGACAGUGUGCCUAUUGGUCUUGCCACCGACUGGGCCGAAUAUCCCGGUGUUUUGGUGGUGUUUUUCCUGAUAUAUUGGUCCUUCUGCAAGCCCAGCUGGGUACGUUCUGUUAGUCUGCAAGGGGGUUGUUAUCAGUUGGUGGAGCUAGCGCUAUAAUCACCGUUAGCAGCCAGCAAUCAAUGUAGUGUUUCCGUCCACCUGUUAUAGUAGUGCUGGAAUUGUUACGUGCUGAUAAAAGCCCACCGAGACGUGUGCGUUGUGGAACGAUUAGCGUUGAAUCUAUUGGACAGACGGGAACUUUACACCAAUGAACGAUAGUAUCAAGUACGAAAUGGAUAUGAAGAUGGAGCCUUCGAGUCCACCGGAAAAGGAUCGCAGUAUGCAUUCGCGUUGCUCCAGCGCUGGCAGCAUUCACACGCCGACUUCAUCCGCGCACAACACAGAGGACGAGGAGGACUCUGGGGACAACAAGAGUAGCACGAUGAGCUACAAGGAGCGUCGUCGGGAGGCACACACGCAAGCCGAGCAAAAGCGACGCGAUGCCAUAAAGAAAGGGUACGACUCCCUGCAGGAGCUGGUGCCAACCUGUCAGCAGACGGACGCCUCCGGCUACAAGCUGAGCAAAGCGUCCGUGUUGCAGAAAUCGAUCGACUACAUCGGCUAUCUGUUGCAGAAUAAAAAAAAGCUAGAAGAGGAGCGUGCCUCGCUGCAAAAGGAAGUUAUGGCGCUGCGAAUCAUACAGAAGAACUACGAAAACAUGCUGCAGCACCAGCAAACGUCGCCCGGCCGAACAGAAGCCCGACUCAGCGAUGACAUCAAAUUCCAGGUGUUCAAAGCUAUCAUGGACGAGAUGUUCCUCACGUUCGAGCAGCUGCCAAUGAACGACUUUGCCGAGCUGACCUCCGGCGUUAUACCGUGGCUGGAGGAGCAUUGCAAGCCGCAUCUGCUGCGGGAGGUGGUCAACCGGAUGCUUACGAACAUUACCGCCAAUUAUGCCACCGAAUGUGCCCAGGAUAUGCCUACGAGCCGAGAUAUGAAUUCCAUAUAGAGUAAUGUUGAAUCGUAAGGGACGCGUCGUUGAUAAAGACGAGUGCAAUGGUUAAAGUUAUUUUCAGUUUUCCAGCUACAGUUCACUUCAUUUUAUUUUGUUACAUACCCUUUUUUCUUACUGCUAUAUUCUGUUGUUGCAUAUAACGAAACAAGCAGGUGAGGAUGUUUUAAAAAGUGGUUUUAAUAUAAAUAGCUUAUCACUUUUUCUCACUUCAUUUACGUUUCCACCUGCUUGCCAUUGCUACCCAUCGUUCAUCAAGUUGAAUAUUGUAACGAGGUGAAUAAAUUAUCAACAUAGUAUACAAACCAGUGGCAUAUGCGUUGUAGUAAAGACAUGUUGUUGUCUUCAGGGUUGCUGGUUUCAGUUUGAAAAGUACCACCUUGCUGCCUCGUAAUAGUUCUUCACGAAACAAAGAAAUCAAUAGAAGAGAAAAAUUUACAGUUUAAACUGCAUCGUAUGAUUGAUCGAGCUGUUGCUCAAUUCUUUCUAUUUGCUUUUCUAUUCAAAGCCAAACCUAUGUGAAACUUCUCGUCUGCGUGAUAUAGCUGUUAACGUGACUUUAACAAUAACGUUGAAGGAUGCGCGCCUCUGAAUGGACAGCAAUGAACAGACGUGGUUCUUACAGAAGCAGGUUAUUUUUUUUUAAUUAGACAUAGUUGUUUAAUGCCAGGCGAAUCGACGAAUAACAUGGAUAUAUUUCCACAUUAAAAAUUGUGCAACUGUACCUUAAAUAAAAACAUCUUAAUUUCCAGGAAAAAGAUAUACAGUUACUACUAUGCCAUUAAAGCAAAACGAUAAGAGUAACGCGAAAUAAUCCAAAAACAACAAAAAAGGUUAACAUAUUUUUUCAUUAAAAGAUACAGGAAUCUUCACACACACACACAGACACAAAUUUGUUGAAUUUUGUGAAAAGAAUGUUAUUAACGUGUAAAUGUAAAGCGAGUUAAGUUUAAGUGCAUUUUAAAUGAAACAUGUGUAAUUUAGCUUUUUCGUAUUUAAUUAUGCUAAAUGAUUGUUGCAAUUUUGUACUGGUAUCUACAAAAAGUGCUACAAUAAAAGGGAACAGAAUAUCUGGGCUAAAAUUAACAUGCCAGAUCAAUUGUGAAGACAAUUAUCAAUUUGAAAUACAAAAC